GAAUGGGAGUCCGCGUCCAGCGUGGCACGGGCAUUUGGGAUUGGAAAGUUAGAGAGUGGCGCAGUCAGUGCGCUCAUGACAUCCAUCGAUCCUUCUGUCGCGGAGCAAUUGACUGAAGCCGUACGAUGCCGAGGGAUGGCCAAGUUGUUGAGCCAUGAGGUGAUUUCCCGUGGCAUGUUCAGCAAGUCGUGGACGUCUGGACUAGCCGCUGCUGAAUCCUGGAAAGAAGUGCUGCGCAACAAAGAAGAUGGUCGAAUUGUGCAGUUAUUUGUGGCUCGCCUGCUGGCCGACCACGAUCGUUGUCCUCAGACCAUGCGGAAGGCAUUGACCUACAAGGAUGCAGUUCCCAAGCAUCAAUGCUGUGGUAUGUUUUGCCAUUUGCUUGAUUGUCUCGAGCGCAACGCCCCAGCGACGCAGUUCAAGGAUAUGCAGGAUCGCCUUCACAAGAUGUUCAUGGAAUCCUUUAUGGACCCAGACCUGCUGCACAUGGUGUCGUCUGAAGUCCCUCCUGGUGAUUUGAAGACCGUAGCAGCAUUCAGGCCUUUUCUGGCACAGCUCGAGACAAUGGUCCGCGAGGCCAAGGAAGAGAAGGAGGCAGCCCUUGCCGCGACUGCCCGGGAAGCUGACCUGAACCGACUUCUUUCCAACUUGGAAAAUGAUUUCGAGCUGCUGCGAAGUCGUGUGGAGUCUUCUGGCAAGGAAGCCGAGGUCUUGUUUGCGAAGCCAGAUUCUUCGGCCAAGGAUGCCAGGGCGCUUUGCCAAACAGCCAUCGCUUGCUUUCACACUCACUUCUCAGAGCACGCUUUCACCAGCAGUGUGGCAAUCCGCGAAGGGAAACUCGGCCCAUGCAAUCUGGUGAAGAUCUCAGACUUUAUCGGAUAUGAUGGCGAGUUGUCGAAGCCGGGCGCUGCGGCUAGAGUAGAGCAGCGCGGUGUUCCAUGCCGUGAUACUAUGAUUGCGGGCAUUUUGGAUGGCUUGACCCUGCGCGAUGUGGACACAGUCUUGAUGGUCGAUGUCGUUCCGAACAGGUUUGCGGAAUUCGGACGCGCGACGGUGGAGCGGAACUUGCUUGAAUCUGCCUUCCCAGUCCACUACUUUGGCUUUCUGUUCCAGGAGUUUGAUGCAACCACUUCAGCCGUGAGGUCUCGAGUGUACGAGCAUUGGGACAAUUCUUCUACCAGUCCACCGAAAGAACGUCCUCGUGAAGAGAGGGCGGCAGAGGUCGCCUGCCCUCCUUUGGGAGCUUUGGCCUGGGCAGGGAAGCAGCCUGUCUUUCCACAGGUGUUGGUGGAUCGCUUUCUGGAGGGGAGUGCAGAGCAUGCUCAAAUCAUGGCAAAAAAGAAGGAGUUCGAUGCCAUGUUUCCUGCUGCUGCGCAGCCUCCUCCAACAAGUGUGCCUGCAAGGGCCGGCGGCCUAUGUGAUGCUAGUCGCGAGCUCCAUGGCGUCGUUUGGCGCGUGGUGGAUGACCUUCACUUUGUGGCUUACAACAAGAAGCUGCUUCCUGUGUGCCAGUUCCUCCGGAUGUUGGCGGUAGACCACGGUCUUGGAGAGGUUGAGUUUGUCGACCACGUGCUCACGCAACGUGUGGUGAAGGCGCCGUGA